GCAGAGCAGAGCAGAGAGCACACAUGAAAAGUAAACAAAAUAUUGAAUUGAAGCACGCACGGGUUAAAGCAUCAGCCAGUCGUCAUCAAGCCAGUUAAAAAGAACUGAAUUAAUUAAUAAAAAAAUCUUAAAUAUGUACAACAGAAAAAGUCGUACGGCAGAACUACAUAGAGCGUGGAACAUCUCGGCACAAGCACGACCAACUUCAACUAGAGCGAAGGAGGAAAACCUUAAAAAAAUUAUAACUGACUGACUAUGUCCACCAGUGGCAAAAUUAGAGUUUUGGAAUUGUUCAGCGGAAUUGGAGGAAUGCAUCUAGCAUUAAAUGAGCUAGGAAUUGAGUAUGAGGUUGUGGCUGCGGUGGAGAUUAAUGACAUGGCCAACAGGAUCUACAGACAUAAUUUCCCCUCCUCGAAUUUGCUGCAGAAAAAUAUUGAGGGCAUCACUGCAAAACAAAUUGCCAAGUUUGACCCAAAUAUGAUUUUAAUGAGUCCACCUUGUCAGCCUUUCACUAGAUCUGGCCUCAAACAAGACGUUGGAGACAAAAGAUGUUUGCCCCUGCUGCACUUGAUGAAAAUAGUACCUGAUCUGCCUCGUAUCGAGUUUAUUUUGUUAGAAAAUGUUGUUGGCUUUGAAAAGUCUGAUGCACGGAAUCAGCUAACAGACGUUUUGAAGAAAAUUGGCUUCUGUAUCCAAGAGUUCCAUCUCUGUCCUUCUCAGUUCAACAUUCCGAACAAGAGACCUCGCUAUUACAUGCUUGCGAAACGUAAUUCAGAUUUUAGAUUUCUUUCAGCACAAAGCUUGCAAACCCAAUUUCCCGAGGACUUGAUCAAAGAGGGAGGAUUUUUAGCAGAAGUUCACCAAAAAGUAGUUGAGAAAUGCGAUGAUCCGAGCAGUUGCUUCAAAAUUGGGAAAAUACUAGAAGAGGAUUCUACAGAGAACAGUUCAUUGGCAGAAAAAGACUUGAAGUUCUUCAUGGAAUUCGACUUGGUUGGCCGUGAAUCCCGGCUCUCUGGCUGCUUCACGAAGUCGUACAAACGGUACUUUCUCGGGACUGGCUCGAUAUUCUUAGAAAACUUUGACAGAUUGAAAGAAGUGGACACGUCAACAGCCAACUACCAGGCAAAGUUAUCAGAGACUUUGAAGCCCAGGUUUUUCACUUCGCGAGAGAUUUUGCGGCUCAUGUGCUUUCCAGAGUGGUACACUUUCCCAACAGACGUGAGCAGCAAGCAGGCUGCCGCCGUUUUGGGCAACAGCAUCAACGUGCACGUCGUCGCUCUCUUAAUAGGACUGCUUGUCAUGUGAAAAUCGUCUUUUAAAAACCAAUAUAUUUAUUAGUACAAAAAUAAAAACUGCAACUACUAUACAGAA